CAGACAGACAGACAGACAGUGAACCCAGAAACACACACCCUACUCUACUCUACUCCCCUAUCCUACCCCUAUUCCCCUGUGUAUGAAAGUGCUGCACCCUCGUAUGCAGAGAGGAGGUAGUGAGAGGCACCCAGGGGGGUCGGGGGGUAGAGAAGGGGCGCAGGACUCGGGCCUCAAGAGGUGUUCCUCUCACUCAGACCACCACUCCCCUUCCAAAAUUACCCAGAAUGCCCGAGAGAGCAUGGGCGUCCUGGGCCAGGGUCUGAAGCAGCUGUUCCAGCAGCAACGCAGACGCAUGUCCCUCUCUCGCUUUACCCUAGCCUCCUCCUCUUCCUCCUCUUCCUCAUCCUCUGUGAUCUCAAUGGGUGGGCCCUCUCGCUACCCUCCCGAGGACUACCUCACCCCCCUCCAAGCCCCCUUGGCCUGUCCUGACUCUGAUCCCCCCUCUGGUGGUCUCCUUGCCCCCCCAGCUGGUCAGGGUGCCGGCCCUGUGGGCAUGAUGAGGCGUGGGACUAUCCUGCAGAGCCAGCACCGUGGGGGGAACGGGACAGGGGCAGGGGGAGGGGGAGCAGACCGGGACCCCCCUCUGAGAGGCAGCCCCCAGACCCCCCACCGCCACCCUACCUAUGAUGCACAGAAGCAUUCCGAACGCCUGCGCUCCUCCUCCACCACGGACAACACCACACGAAGUAGCCCCUCCCCUGGGUACAACCCUGGAUACGCAAUGUCAGGCGACGUGGUGCUGUCGUCAGGAUACCAGUCCACGGAGGAGACAGACAAGAUUGAGCGGUUGGAGGUGAGUGGCUUAGCUCAGACCCCCCAGGCAGUGUCGUGUGCGGAGGAUGGGUCUUUCUCUGGGGGUGACGAUGGCACCCCGGACCCCCAGCGCACCAAGCAGGCCAUCGCCCAGCUGCAGCAGAAGAUCCUGAAGCUCACCGAGCAGAUCAAGAUUGAGCAGACGGCCAGAGACAACAACGUGGCCGAGUACCUCAAACUGGCCAACAAUGCUGACAAGCAGCAGAGUGCCCGCAUCAAACAGGUGUUUGAGAAGAAGAACCAGAAGUCAGCACAGACCAUCCAGCAGCUGCAGAGGAAGCUGGAACACUACCACCGCAAGCUGAGGGAGGUAGAGCACAACGGCAUCCCUCGCCAGUCCAAGGACGUCCUCAGGGACAUGCAGCAGGGCCUAAAGGGCGUGGGGGCAAAGGUCACAGGCUUCAGCGAAGGUGUGGUGGACAGCGUCAAGGGAGGCCUCACCAGCUUCUCCCAGGCCACGCACUCUGCUGCCGCCGGGGUCGUCUCCAAGCCCCGAGAGAUCGCCUCGCUGUUCCGCAACAAGUUUGGCAGCGCCGACAACAUCCCCGGGCUGAAGGACUCCUUGGAUGACCCGUCAGGUGUUGAGGAGGGUUUGAUGGGGGCCGGGGSGAGGUCUCUGAGCCUCGCAGGCCACCACCACCUGCAGUCCAGCCCCAAGUACGGCAGCGAGGAUGACUGCUCCAGCGRUACCUCAGGGUCGGCAGGGGCCAACAGCACGACUGGGGCCCCCGGAGGCCCCCCCAGCUCCAAGGGGAACACCCUGGAGAGGAGCCAGAGCUCCAGCCUGGACAUGCUGCUGCAGGAAGUGCAGGAGCUGAGGGAAGGCCAGGGGAGACUAGAGGAGAGUCUGGAGGGACUUAAGAGCCACUAUCAGAGGGACUACACUGUCAUCAUGCAGACCCUACAGGAGGAACGAUUCAGGUGUGAGCGUCUGGAGGAGCAGCUGAAUGAUCUGACAGAGCUUCAUCAGAAUGAGAUCCUUAACCUGAAGCAGGAGCUGGCCAGCAUGGAGGAGAAGAUAGCCUACCAGUCCUACGAGAGAGCCAGAGACACACAGGAAGCCCUGGAGGCGUGUCAGACACGUAUCUCUAAGAUGGAGUUGCAGCAGCAACAGCAGCAGGUGGUCCAGCUCGAGGGCUUAGAGAAUGCCACAGCCCGGACACUGCUGGGGAAACUCAUCAACGUCCUCCUGGCCCUCAUGGCCGUGCUCCUGGUGUUCGUCUCCACCGUGGCCAACUGUGUGGUCCCCCUGAUGAAGACCCGCUCCCGGUCCUUCUCCACCCUCCUCCUCAUCCUGCUCUUCGCCUUCAUCUGGAGGAACUGGGACGCGCUGUCGGGCUGCUCGCACCGCGCCCUGCAGCCACCCAGAUGACCGCGUGGAGACGUGUGUCUCUAUGACUACGCAUGGGGGUGGAACUCUGUCCACACACACACACAAGAAGCAGGAACGGCCUAACUGCCAAUGGGAUGUGGUGGUUGUGUUGACGGACUCCGAGGAAUGAGCCUAGCUCAAUGAGGUGGGACUGAGGAGAAAGUCAGAGAAGGAGGUUAAGAUGAGAAUACCACUCAGUUCUGACAUUCAUUUAGGAAGAAUGAGACUUUGUUUACAUUUUUGGAGAUCAGAAAUUGUGUUUUUUUUUUUUUUCACAGGAUGCAUCCUGAUACUGUUUUAUUUCCUAGGAGUUAAUCAAGUAUAUUAUUGUCGUUAUUAUUAUUUCUAAUAUAUAUAUUUUUUUCUUCAUUUAAAAAAAAAUUCUGUGCCAUGUGGCGUUAAGCUCCUCCCACUCUGCACAAAGAGGAGCUGUCAGGAAACUGAUUGGAGGUUCACCUCAGGCUCAGACCCUCUGCAGAGAAAUGCUAUUCUGAUUGUCUGCCUUUCAGGAAGAAAGUGCUCUUACCUGGCUGUUAUGGGUAGAAUAUAAAAAGAUGAAUGAAUGCCCUCGCACUUUUUCCCCACGCGAUMGAUUGAUUCUGAGAUCAGAAGGAACCUUUCUACAGAGGACUCUUUGUUUCCCGGACAAUACUUUGAGGGUCACGCCUAGAGACUCCCCGUGCUUCCGUACGGUUUCUACUAGCUAUCAUUUACAUCCUUUUCAAUUAAGAUGAGGUGAUAUCAUGAAUGAUUAUGACUUCUAGAGUGUGGCACCAGCUUAGACAAGAGGGAGGGUUUAACAGUUAGGGCCAUUCGCCACAGAGCCACCAGAGACCAAAGGUACAAAUAAGGCCACUUUGCAGGAAAUGUGGAGUUGCCAUGAUACUGCUUUCACUGGUGCCCACCCAUUGUGUCAGCUGAAGURCAUGUUGAAAAGGAAUGCUGCUUUUGCCAGACAUAGACAACUGUAUCCACUGCUGUGCUACUGUUGUCCAAUGCGCUGCCUGUAUUACGAAUGUGACUCACUCCAUCACUUACUGUUCUCUCUUUCCCUUUCACUCUCUUUUCAUCCCCAUGUUUCCUCCAACAUUCUGUACUAUGUGCCAAAACUCUCCUGUUGCACCUGGUUUAUAAAUAGYGAGGUUUUUAAUGCUCUUUCUUUCUUUGGUAUGUAAAGAGAAAAGGCCCAGAGCAGGUCAUAUAGCCUUGUGGGGAUGAGAGGCAAAAUGUCAAUUACACCCUAUUCCCUUUAUAGUGCACUACUUUUACUGUGUAUAAUAGAGAAUAGUGUGCCAUUUGUGAUACAAAACAUACAGUUCUCUUCGACGAUCAGCCACUUAUACAUACGGCCGACUUGUAUGUCUCACC